ACGUCAAACAAAUCUUUUCUCUUUCGACCCAACCAAGAUGGGUAUCAGUCGCGACCACUGGCAUAAGAGGCGGGCUACCGGCGGCAAACGCGCGCCGAUCCGCAAGAAGAGGAAAUAUGAGUUGGGUCGCCCGGCUGCCAACACUAAGCUUGGCUCACAACGCAUUCACUUGGUGCGUUCCCGAGGUGGCAACACCAAGUACCGCGCCCUGCGCCUGGACACUGGAAAUUUCUCUUGGGGCUCAGAAUGUGCCACCCGCAAGACCCGUAUCAUUGAUGUGGUAUACAAUGCUUCCAACAAUGAGUUGGUGCGUACCAAGACCCUGGUGAAAAAUGCCAUUGUUGUGGUUGAUGCCACCCCAUUCAGACAGUGGUAUGAGUCUCAUUACCUGCUACCUCUUGGAAGAAAGAAGGGAGCUAAACUGACUGAGGCUGAGGAAGCUAUCAUCAACAAGAAGCGCAGCAAGAAGACCGCCAAGAAGUAUCUGACGAGGCAGCGCCUCUCCAAGGUCGAGGCUGGUCUGGAGGAGCAAUUCCACACUGGACGUUUGUUAGCGUGCGUGGCAAGUCGACCUGGCCAAUGUGGCCGCGCCGACGGUUACGUGCUCGAAGGUAAAGAACUAGAGUUCUACCUAAGGAAGAUCAAAUCCAAGAGGGCUAAGUGAGAAGUGUAAUUGUAUAAAUAAAAACUAAAAACUCA